UCUCGUAGUUAAGCCACUGUUAAAUAUGUAUGGGGAGGGGGUCAAUUAAAAAAAAGAUACACAAGUGAUUUUGCAUAUAAAAACAUCUCUAAGCAUGUGAUCGUGUGCGCUAUACGGCAGACACACAUCGUGCAUGGUCAUUGAAGCGUACGUAUACACAGCGGUAUGUGUAUGUCGCGAUCGAUACGUCAUCCACGCACGCGCGCACAUGCUGCACGCAGUAUAAUUACGAGUGCUUUUCUGUACCGGUAUUCAUUCCGUUUGUUUUCAAUAGUACGAGUAUCAUAUCGAAUCAACAUUAUAAUUUGUCUAUAUACGCUACGUUCGAAAUACAAGGAUAAGCCACUUUGGUGUUUGCUUUUGCAAAGAUGGUUGAUGGACUUGGUGAUCAAGAAUAUGACCUUCAUUGGCUGUUGGGAGCUCGAGAUGAUGGAGACUCUGACAUCGAACAACCCCUGCUACAUGCAGAGAGGCCACGACCAGUACGGAAACACACGUGCCACAAACGGUAUGGACGCCCCAGCGUGGAUCUGGUGUUCCCGACAGUGAUUGACACGGCGAGGGCUUUUGUCGAAAGCAACGGCUUUGAGGCACAUCGCCGUCGUCAUUUGACAACCGGCAACUGUGGCGUCAGCCUUCAGCAGAUAAGAGACCAUUUGUUUGCUUCCGUCCCUGGACUCAAAGAUCGUUUCCCUCAACUUGGACUGAAAACGAUCCACAGAUGGAUGAUUGCUCCGAAUAAACGCAACAACGCUUCAUCAGACUACAGGGGCUUGAUAGACGCCAAGGUUGCCUCGAAAAAGAACAGUCGCAACGCCAUGAGGGAAGAUACCCACUACUGCCGGGCGAGGGCUAAGAACUCAUUAGAAUUGUUGGCUGAUCUUGGAGAAAUCAGUGCUGCCAUUUCUAUGGAUAAUAAGAAUAAGGUGCACAUUGGCGAAGCUACACUUGCUGUAGACAGGAGACUUCAGCCAGGGAGGUUUUUCCCUAUCACUGAUGCCCCGGAUUACUUCGACCACGAUUUUCCAAGUCCAGGGUAUCUGAUCACCCCUGCAGGGUACUUGGUCAUGGAGCCCGGUGCGAAACAAGUCUACAAAGAUGACAAGGGAAGAGAACAUUUGAGAUUUAGGAGAUCAGGCACAACCCAUGUUGUGAACCGCCCACCAGGUAUUCCAACGACCAUAGAAGCCCACAUGACGGAUCUGCUACCCCUACUACAGGAUCUCGUCAGGAGAGGGAGAACAGCUGCUUUCCUGAUCGUUGACAAUGGAGCUGACUUCAAUCCGCGGUAA